GUCAUUUUGUCAAGGUAGGUAUUGUCAAAAUAAAAAGAAAACAGUAUUUUAGCGCCAAAAUAGACAAGUGCUCUCAGAAACGUAUUUAUUAAUUGUAACGUGUUAAUAUAAAGUGAAAAUAUGAAGUUCGCUAUCCCUGAAAUAUCUUGGCAUAACAGGGAUCCCGUAUUGAGUGUAGAUUUUCAGCCAAAGGCAGACGCAACUGAACCUUUACGGCUCGCAACUGGAGGGACUGAUUCUCAUGUUUUGAUCUGGUAUAUUUCAACAACAGACACAGGCUCAGUUAAUUUAGAAGUUGCAGCUGACUUGACUCGCCACCAGAAAGCAGUCAACGUAGUGCGGUGGUCGCCUAACGGCCAGUUUUUGGCAUCAGGUGACGAUGAGUCCAUAAUAUUUAUUUGGAAAAAGACUGACAAAGAGCCUGCACCGGUAAUGGAACAGAGUGAAGAGCAGUAUAAAGAAUCCUGGGUUAUUCACAAGACCCUAAGAGGUCACAUGGAGGAUAUUUUAGAUAUUUCCUGGAGUGCCAACUCCCUUCACCUUGCCUCUGGCUCAGUGGACAACAAGCUCCUCAUAUGGGACCUGAACAAAGGGAAGUACAGCAGUAUAUUGACUGACCAUAAAGGAUUUGUACAAGGAGUCUCAUGGGACCCCAAGAACCAAAUGAUUGCUACUGCUAGUUCUGAUAGAGUAUUCCGCACAUUUGAUGUGUCUUCAAAGAAGGUGACAUCGCGCAGCAGUAAGGCAAUCUUACCCUUCCCUUCUGAACAUCCUCUACAUGAUGUUAAAGUCAGGCUUUAUCAUGAUGACACAUUGCAAACAUACUACAGGAGACUCCAAUUCAGUCCAGAUGGCCUACUGCUGGCAGUACCAUCAGGCCGCAUAGAGCCUGAGCAAGGCAAAGUGGACAUCAAACCUAUUAAUGCUGUCUACAUCUAUACAAGAUACUCUUUGAAAGUUCCAGCAUGUAUUCUGCCAUGCGGCGAGGCAGCACUGGUAACGCGCUGGUCUCCUCGCCUAUAUGGUCUUCGCGAGGGAGGCCCAGCCCCCGCCUUCCCCUCCCCACGCCGCAUGAUACUAGCAAUAGGUACUAAGCGAUCCGUACUGCUAUAUGACACACAGCAGAAAACUCCUAUUGCCCUCAUCAACAAUAUACAUUACACAAGGCUAACAGAUCUGACAUGGUCUCGGGAUGGGCGCACGCUGGUCGCUUCCAGUACUGACGGUUACUGCUCCGUCAUUACCUUUGCUGAGGGAGAGCUGGGAGAGGUACUGCCUGAAGAAGUAGCUCCCGAACCUACCAGUACUCCAGCACCAGAACCUAUGGAAACUGAAGAACAACAAGCGGAAACGCCAAAAGCUGAAGUAGAGAAACCGCAAAUCAAAGAAACAAAAGCAGCUGGCAAGAUAGACUCAUUCAUCAAGUUUAAGGCGCCAGAAAAAUCCCCAAAGAAACAGAAAACUGAACCACAACCAAAAACACCAGUCAAAAUCGAUGUGCUGGAAGAAGUGGCUAUGCCAUCAUGGUCAGAUAACAGUAACACUGAAAUUAUUAAACCUAAAGAACCAGAAGCAAUGAUUGUAGAUGAUAGUGAAGACAUCAAAUUAGUGUAUGAAGAAACUGAAGGGGCCAAAUCUACAUCAACAUCACCAGAUUCACCCAAAACCUCAGUGAAAACUGUUACUGAGAAAAGUCCCGAACAGAGCUCUCCGAAAUCGAAUAAGACUGAAGAAACUGCUAAAAUGUUACUUGGCACACCUACUAGUAGUAAUGCCAAAAGCACAAGUCAGCCAAGUACUCCUAAGAGUUCAGUAGAAAACUAUUUCUUGAAGCAAGCUAAAGUGACUGAUGUCAAAGACCAAGCUGUUAAGUCUGCUCCAAGCCCGAAAGCUCCACGGCGUGUUAGUUUCGUCACACUGUCAAGCCCUAAGAAUGCUAAAAAGAAAUAGAGUUGAAAAAUAUGUAAGGUUGUGAGUUCUCAAUCAUAUAGAAUGUUUUGACGAAACUGGUAAACAUAUUAUGAAGAAAAUGAAUUUGGUUGAAUUGAUGAAACAUUUUAACUUUGAAAGUAUUAGUAAAGUUUAUUUUAAUUAAUUGCACAUUUUUAAUUACAUUUAGAAUAGCCUUGCCCCUCGUUCUUACCGCAAUAGUGAACGUGCUUCGACAUCUUAUCCUAUCCUCAUGUUUCUUAUUCCCGACAUUGUUAUUUCUAUUUUAAUAAAUAAGGAUCAAAAUGUAUAAUGUAUGAUGAUAUUUUUUGUAAAUAAAAGACGUG